UAUCGGCGCUCCUGUCCGCUCGUCAGAGAGCAGUUGUCGUCCGACCGCCUUGACGUUUGCGUUCCGUUCGCUGUUCGUAUUUUUCGUGUUCGCCCGUAGUGUGUGCUCUUCCUUUGGAAACAUAGUGGUUUUUUUUUUUUUUUAUCGCACAUAUUGACGAACCGCAAAAAGGAAUAACAUUAGUCUGUGAAGUGCGUUCCAAUCGUCGGCCGUUCUACUAUGGCAAUCAUGGACACGAAUUCGGAGAGCAAUCAAUAUCAAUACAUACAGGAUACUUCUUUAGCUUCGUUGGAUUCGAAGACAAGCCCGCUCGCCAUGCUGGUGCGCACGUGCAGCCAGAUCGGAGCCGACCCGCCGAUGGCAGCCGCGGCUAAGUCGAAGAAACCCGCUGCCGCCACCGCGCCCGUGGCCGCGGCGGCUGAUAGGCCGCACAGCGCGUCGCCUGCAGCCGCCACGUACAUGGGCCACGCGGCUGCCAAGCACCACCGGAACCACAACAACAACUACAUGGACGAACCGCCCAAGCCGGCCAAGUUGAACUUCAAACCGUACGAGAAUACCGUUUUAACGCCGUCGCCGCAUCACCAGCAGCCGCAGCAGCAACAGCACAGCAACUCGCAUCAACACCAUCAUCACCAGCCAAACGAUGAAGACGGCGGCCGCCCUAAGAGUAGCAGCUCGGAGGACAACGGCGGCGGUGGCCAGCACAGGAAGAAGCGUAAAUCCACGUCGCCGCGGGACGACUAUCACGGCCAUCAAAGCGCGGCCAAGAGCAGCCGCCGGUCGUCGUCGUCCGCUUCGUCGUGCGAAACGGCCGCGGCCCCGGACCCGUCCACCAACCCGAUCAUUCGGUCCGGACUGGAGGUGAUGCACGGCGGCGCGGUGGCCAAAGCGUUCUGCCCGCCGCCGCCCAUGCCCGCUCACUC